CCUCCUUCUAAACACUUCAAUCUUUGACUAAUUGGAUGAGUAACCAAAUAAUAAGAAAAUAUAAGUAGUGCUUGUUUAUAGUAUAAAAUGGCUGGCAAAUACACCUGGAGGUACAGUAUUGCAGCAUCCCCCGGAGGAAGAACAUUGGGAGUAUUACAUAGAAAGUCCUGCAGGACCAGCACACCUCCAUCAUUAAUGCACAGGAGGUGAGAGAGGAACAUCACUACACUCACUGCUGCUGUGCAACCACUUUAACCUUCUGUUCUUCUGCUGCAAUAUCACAAAGGCACCUGCUUUUUCAUCUUUAACAAGAGAAAACUCAUUUUUCUACGCCUUUUAAGACGUCUGGGUAAUGCUGCUGUGGAAAUGCUGAAGUCCAGAUGAGUCGCGUCUCUGUGGUUUAGUUGAGUGUGUGGGCAGAAGAGAUUGUCUUCCGAUCUGGACUGAACUGAAUCCAUUAAACACGAUCACGGAGAGAGAGAGAGAGAGAGAGAGAGAGAGAGAGAGAGAGAGAGAGAGAGAGAGGAUGACAUGGGAGGAUAAAAUCACUACGCCUCUUUGACUUGUUUUAAUUACUAGAAAAAAAAAUUGCGAGAGAAAAAAAAACCUGGACUCAUUAAUUCGACGUUUAAAGUCAUAUUAACCUUAUGAAUACAAUCAACGCGCUAUUUUAAUUUGAGAGAAAAAACGUAAACAAUGGGAAACUAGUGUCGCGUGACAACUUUGAUAAUAUUUCACAUUCGCCAAAAGGAUUUGUUUUUUCUUGUUUCAGAAACAUUAACUUUGGAUUUCCACAAUGGCAAUAAACACAGAUUCGGAGUUUGUGAAAUCGAAUCUGGGGGAGAGCGGUGGAGCGCUACCAGCCGAGACCGAGAAACUCAUCGUGACCACCGAGCCCACCGGGGUGAAAACCUCCAGCUCCUUCGCGGUCAGUGUCGGGGGAGACAAGGGUCUCGACGGGGAUCAGAACGGCCACAGUCUGUCGCUGAGAGCCGGAUCAGUGGGACAGCUCGGGACGGCUCCUCUCUCCUCGUCCAGAGUUGACCUGAGCCGCGCUCCAUCGUUCGUUAAUGCCGCCCAAGAGAAACCCAAAGACUACCUCAUACUGGUCAUUUUAUCCUGCUUUUGUCCAGUGUGGCCACUAAGCAUCGUUGCAUUGGUCUAUUCAAUUAUGUCCAGAAACAGUCUACAGCAGGGGGACAUGGAUGGGGCAAGACGCUUGGGACGCUUGGCUCGCCUGCUUAGCUGUGUGGCCAUCAUCGUGGGCCUCCUUAGCAUCAUAAUCUAUGUGGUCGUUGCAGUAAUUGGAUAGGAGACAUAGUAAGAACGAGAAACCCAUCUACAGCACUACUCCAAACAAAAUAAAACCCCACCUAUGAUGUAAAUUAAAAAUAAGAACUCUCUCUUAACAAUAAUGCCACAUAAGAUAAAAAGAAACUAGGACUGUUGCAGCAAAAUAAGAUCUGAUUAAGUAGCAAAAAUGCAUGGAGUAGAUUAGCAUGCUCAGUGAAAAAACUCCCAUAUGUUAAAAAGAACAGUAAUGCCUUGCAUUAUGUAAAUGAGAAACAUUGCUGUUAUGGAAAGAACUCAUCUGAGGAUGACACAAAGGACAAGGGGACUUUUUUUUUCCUCAAAGAACGUCUUUGAAAACAUGGCUAUGCCCGUCAAGCUGCAUUUCAAACUUAUAUUAUUCCUGGUUGAUCUUGCAUUUGAAAAUUAUGCACAGAGAUAUUUGCAACAUAACCAAUGAUGUAAGUUUUAUAAAAAUAUUUAUAUGUGGAGCUUAAGUGAUGGGAAUGAACUAGGGAUGACAAGUCUGUUAGAGAUUUCAUUUUUAUUUAUUUAUUUUGUAUAUUUUGAUUAUAAAAAAAAAA